AUGGAUACCAAAGACGAGCAGCCGCCGGUGCACAUCCUCUUCUUUCCAUUCCUAGCUCCCGGCCACCUCAUUCCGAUUGCCGACAUGGCAGCGGUCUUCGCUGCCCGUGGCGCCAGGUGCACGAUCCUCACCACGCCCGUCAACGCCGCGACCAUCCGCCCGGCCGUCGACCGCGCAAACGACGCUAAUUCACAUGGCACAGGUAAUGCCCCCGCGAUCAAGAUCUCCGCCGUGCCCUUCCCCGACGUGGGGCUCCCGCCGGGCGUCGAGAACGCCACCGGCCUCACCGACCAGGCCGACCGCGACAACUUCUGGCGCGCGAUCCAGCAGCUGCGCGAGCCCUUCGACCGGUUCCUGGCCGACAAGCACAACCACCCGGUCGACGCCGUCGUCUCAGACACACUACAUCACGGUAAAAUAACAGGGGCACUUCAAAAUGCCCCUAAUGUGAAACAAAGUGCCCCAAAUUAG